CCGGGGAAGGGUCGGGGAGGUCGGGAACACGGCCGUGAUCCCUGAGCAGCGGCGGCGUCGGUGGCGUCCGGAGCGAGCGAUCCGGGGAGCGGCGCGGGUGGUGGAGGAGGAGCCAGGGCUCGAUUCUCUAACCAUGGCACAGGUAGAGAAACGGGGGGGUUUGCUCCGGAAAUCUUCAGCCUCCAAAAAACCACUGAAGGAAAAAGUAGUGCUGAUGUAUGAUGAGAUCUUCAUGACAGAGGACCCCAGUAAGUGCAGUCCUCGAUUUUGGGAGGAGCUCUUCCUCAUGAAGGUGAACUUAGAGUACCUGGAAGGCAAGCUGGAAUCUCUUGAUGGUGAGGAGUUAAUGAAGAUCAAGGACAACAUUAAUUGCUUAUUUCAACAUUGCAUCCAGGCUUUGGGAGAGGAGCAUCCAAUUCGAGUUGUCAAUGCAUUGCAGACCUUGUGUGCACUCAUUCGAGGAGUCCACCAAAAGAAUAAGUCUACCUCUGGAUUUGACAUUAUCAACAUGCUGAUGGGCUUUGACAAGGCGGAGCUGUGCAUGAAGCUCCAGGUUGAGCUGUUGUUCAGUAUCUUAGCUGUAGAGGGCAAAAUAUCUAUUCAGAUCCUUUGCCCAGUUUUAAAUUCAGUUAUUUGUCUUUUAAUUGUGACAGAUAACAUCAGCCAGAACACUAUUUUGGAGUAUGUAAUGAUCAACAGCAUAUUUGAAGCAAUUUUACAGAUACUCUCCCAUCCCCCAAGUCGCAGGGAGCAUGGAUAUGAUGCUGUAGUCCUCUUGGCUUUGCUGGUGAACUACAGAAAAUAUGAGUCUGUAAAUCCUUAUAUUGUGAAGCUGUCUAUUGUGGAUGAUGAGGUCACGCUCAAUGGAAUGGGGCUUGUGAUUGCUCAGGCUUUAUCUGAGUAUAACAGGCAGUAUAAAGACAAGGAAGAAGAACACCAGAGCGGUUUUUUCUCUGCUUUAACAAAUAUGGUGGGCAGCAUGUUCAUAGCAGAUGCCCAUGAGAAAAUCUCAGUACAAACCAAUGAGGCCAUCCUUCUGGCACUUUAUGAAGCUGUUCAUUUAAAUCGCAACUUCAUCACAGUGUUAGCCCAGAGUCACCCAGAAAUGGGCUUGGUGACAACCCCUGUCAGUCCUGCUCCUACAACCCCUGUCACACCCCUUGGGACCACACCACCCUCCUCUGAUGUUAUAAGUUCUGUGGAACUCCCACUGGAUGCUGAUGUACAGACCAGUAAUCUACUGAUAACCUUCUUAAAGUAUAGCUCGAUUGUUAUGCAGGACACCAAAGGUAAGGCAUGCUACUUGCGGGGUUUAGGAAGCAAGAGGUGUGGCAGGUACCUGCUUACUGGUGAUAGGGAUCAGUAUGCAAAUGCAUUUUUGCAUGAUGACAACAUGAAUUUUCGAGUAAACUUACAUAGAAUGCCUAUGCGACACAGGAAGAAGGCAGCAGACAAGAACCUUCCCUGCCGUCCUUUAGUAUGUGCAGUACUUGACCUGAUGGUAGAAUUUAUUGUAACACACAUGAUGAAGGAGUUUCCUAUGGAUCUCUAUGUACGCUGCAUUCAGGUAGUACAUAAACUACUUUGCUACCAAAAGAAGUGUAGAAUACGCCUGCAUUACACCUGGCGGGAACUCUGGUCAGCUUUGAUAAAUUUGCUGAAGUUCCUUAUGUCAAACGAGACGGUACUUUUGGCCAAACACAACAUUUUUAUGUUAGCUCUUAUGAUUGUGAACCUAUUUAAUAUGUUUAUCACAUAUGGUGACACAUUCCUGCCCACCCCCAGCAGCUAUGAUGAACUCUACUACGAGAUUAUCCGCAUGCACCAGAGCUUCGACAACCUCUAUUCUAUGGUCCUGAGGCUUUCCACCAAUGCAGGCCAGUGGAAAGAAGCAGCCAGCAAGGUGACCCACGCGUUGGUUAAUAUCAGAGCCAUCAUCAACCACUUUAACCCCAAAAUUGAAUCCUACGCUGCUGUGAAUCACAUAUCCCAACUGUCAGAGGAGCAGGUGCUUGAAGUAGUGCGAGCCAACUAUGACACCCUCACGCUGAAGCUGCAGGAUGGCCUGGACCAGUAUGAGCGCUAUUCGGAGCAGCACAAGGAAGCUGCCUUCUUCAAAGAGCUGGUUCGAUCCAUUAGCACCAACGUCCGGAGAAACCUGGCCUUCCACACACUCAGCCAGGAAGUCCUGCUCAAGGAGUUCUCCACUAUCUCCUGAGGCCACGCCUACCUGAGCAGCCACUGACUGCCCUUACCCAUGAGGCUUCUGGGCUGGAGGGGGAGUGAGGGGACAGGGGGCUGUCCCCAAGGUUGGAGAACAACACGGAUACUGAGUUCUCUCAGCGAAGGCUGCACUUCAGUGGAGCUUGGACAGCAGGGGCCAGGAGGGACAAGCCAGGGAUAAUGUUAUUUGGGGAGGGAUGGGUGGGUACAGGGAGAGAAGCCUUCAAGAAUGUGGGGACUUCCAGGGUGGGCUCCCUGGACACCCCCUCACAUUUCCAAUUGAGAUUACCAGUGGUGGCUACUGUCUAAUUUCCAGGAGCUGUUAGGGCCAGCCUUAGGGUGAUGCCAACACCCUGAGGGUCAGUGGCUCUCCUGAGCUUCUGAAAACAGACUAACUCUCAGAUGUAUGUGGAACCAGUUCUUCCUGUAGGCCUGGGGCUAAGCGGGGCUUGACAUUUGUAUCCCCUGCCCCCACUGGCACUCUGUCCAGUUAUUAGGACCCUUAGCUCAGGCGUACAAUAGGGUAGGAAUGGGGUACCUUUUUUCUAUUUUCUAAACCCAGAGCUGAUUCCUCUGGGAGACUGGAGAUUAGAAUCCACCCAGUGCUCUGCUGGCUGGCCACCACUUUCUGGAUUUGACUUUUGCUACCAGGAGUACUGUUAGCUUUCCCCUGCCUUCCAGCCUAUUGACUCGUCAACACUAUAGGGUCACAACCUUAGCUUUCCAUUUUCAGCCUGGUUUAAACUGUCUUUAGGGUGUGUGUAUGAAAUAAACAUUGACAGGUUGUUCUGGA